CCCCACUUGCCCGCCGCCUUGGAAUGAAGAUGGUGGCGAGCGUCCGAGUGCAGAAGCUGGUUCGCCGGUACAAGCUGGCGAUCGCCACGGCGCUGGCCAUUCUGCUCAUCCAGGGCCUGGUGGUGUGGAGUUUCAGCAGCCUGGAGGAGGACGACCAGGGAGAGAUUCAGCAAAGGAAGCCCCAGCUUCUUGAAAACAAUGAUGGGUCGAAGGAUUCAGACAGCUCUGCAGGCCGGCGAGGCAGCUUAAACAGGAAGCACGAAAGGUGGAAGAAUCACCUGGAUAAUCCUGGCAUGCUGGUUGCCAAAGUGGUGAGGGCCGUCACAGUGAAGCAUGAACCAAGCCUCAAGCUGCCAGUCUACUUGGAUACUUCCAGUCGAAGGAACCGGACGCAGCUUAGAAGGGAUGCCCAACUGGCCAUGUUCCAGCACGGAGACACCGGCAGUGUGGAAGGGGCCCCACAGCCUACCGAGAACAACUUCACUCCCAAGUGUGAAAUCACAGGCAAAGAUGCACUGUCUGCAUUAGCCAGAGCUAGCAGUAAGCAGUGCCAGCAGGAGAUUGCCAAUGUGGUGUGCCUGCACCAAGCUGGAAACCUGAUGCCACGGUCAGUACCCCGGCAGUGCCAGCUCUCAGGGAAGGUUAGUCCUGUGAUCCAAUGGGAUGAGAGCAAAAUGGUCCAAGCCUCUGUGGACAAGCCAGUUCGAAUUGCAUACAUGCUUGUGGUUCACGGGAGAGCCAUCCGCCAGUUGAAGCGCCUCAUUAAGGCUGUGUAUCACCAGCAGCAUUUCUUUUACAUACAUGUGGAUAAGCGUUCUACAUACCUGCACCGUGAAGUGAUGAAUCUGGCCCAGCAUUACCCUAACAUCUUGGUUACCCCUUGGCGCAUGGUCACAAUCUGGGGUGGGGCCAGCUUGCUGAAGAUGUACCUGUGCAGCAUGAAGGACCUGCUGGAGGUGACAGAUUGGGCCUGGGACUAUUUCAUCAAUUUGAGCGCCACUGACUACCCCACCAGGACCAAUGAGGAGCUGGUGACAUUCCUAUCAAAAUAUCGGGACAAGAAUUUUUUGAAGUCUCAUGGACGAGAUAAUGCUAGGUUCAUCAAGAAGCAGGGCCUAGACAGACUUUUCCAUGAAUGCGACACACAUAUGUGGCGACUGGGUGAACGGCAGAUCCCGGAGGGUAUCGUGGUAGAUGGGGGCUCAGACUGGUUUGCCCUAACGCGCAGUUUUGUGGAAUACGUGGUGUACACCAGUGAUCAAUUGGUCUCCCAGCUGCAACAGUUCUACACAUACACACUUCUCCCAGCAGAGUCCUUUUUCCACACUGUCUUGGAGAACAGCCAUGCCUGUGACACCUUGGUAGACAACAACCUCCGGGUGACAAACUGGAACCGCAAGCUGGGCUGCAAGUGCCAAUAUAAGCACAUAGUUGAUUGGUGCGGAUGUUCCCCAAAUGACUUCAAACCACAGGACUUCUUGAGACUGCAGCAACUCUCCAGACCUACAUUUUUUGCCAGGAAGUUUGAGUCCACCAUCAACCAGGAAGUGCUGGAAAUCUUGGACACUCAUCUCUAUGGUAACUACCCACCUAACACGCCAGCCCUCAAGGCCUAUUGGGAGAGUGUCUAUGACCAUGUGGAUGGGCUGAGUGGGUUCAGCGACGUCACCCUGACUGUGUACACAUCCUUCUCCAGGCUGGGGCUACAGAAACUGACCUCUGCGCCAACCCAGAAAAAAGACAGGCCAUGCAGGUUUGAGCCACAGGGCUUCCCAUCCAGCGUCCACUUGUAUUUUUAUGAUGACCAUUUCCAGGGCUACUUGGUGACUCAAGAAGUUCAGAAUUCUGCAACUCAACAGGUGGAGUCUCUAGAAAUAUGGAUGAUGCCCCGUGGGACUCUCAAAUUAGCGGCUAGUGGCAAAUCGGCCAACCGUUUGCAGAAUCUUGAGGUAGGUACUGACUGGGACCCCAAAGAGAGGAUCUUCCGGAAUUUUGGUGGCCUGAUCGGGCCUUUCGAUGAACCAGUGGCUAUGCAGAAAUGGGCACGGGGACCCAACCUCACAGCCACCGUAGUUUGGAUUGACCCCAGCUAUAUCAUUGCCACGUCCUAUGAUAUCACAGUAGAUGCAGACGCAGAGUACACACAGUACAAGCCACCUCUCAACCGGCCCCUCCGCCCAGGUGCCUGGACUAUCCGCCUUUUCCAUUUCUGGGAACCCCUGGGAGAGAGCCAAUUCCUAGUGGCCCCCCAGACCUUCAAUCACAAGCAGCCUCUCCGGAAAGAUGAUGGCAAGUGGCUCCAUGCUGGCCCUCCACGGAAUGAGUACAUGGAGCAGAAUUUCCAGGGCUUGGCUGGGAUCUUGAACCUUCCCCAUUUAGAUGAAAUGGGGCGAGCUUCCCAGCUCUUUGGCCAUGCUCUAGAAAACUGGACAGACAGCAGCAUCAGCAGUUUCUGGUCGGUAGCUGGACUCUGUAUGGCGAGUCCUUCUAGCUGCUCGCCCUUGGAGCUUUGUAACCAAACCUCUUGGAGUUCACUGUCCCCAGACCCCAAAUCAGAACUGGGGACCAUCAAGCCUGAUGGACGGCUGAGGUAGCAGGGGCAGCCGGCAGCACAUUCUUGGGAUCAAGGAAGCAUCACCCCAUGGAAGGCAUGGGGUGGGGGUGGGGGAUAUGAACUCCUCCUCUCUGCAGGGAAAACUCUUUAUGACUUCAGCCUGUGAAAAGGCGCCUUGUCACAUGGGACAAACACGAGGACAGAAACCUAGUGGUGCAAAAUGCGGCAGAGCAGAAUUCCCCACCAUCAUUCUCAGGAUUUGCUGGAAAGAAGCGAAGGCAAGGAAGAGGAGCAACAUAUUUAUAAACCAGAGCAAUGGAAACGUUGCUUGGCUGACAGAUUUGACUCUUAGCUCCCCGGUUCAAUCCGCACCUCGGCCAGCGGGGACCUCAUCAAUCAUGGAGUAUGCUCUGCAAAAUCAGGACUCACUGUUCCCAAAUGGUUGCUGGCAAAGCAUUCUGGGAAAUGACAGGAUGGAGUCGAGGAAUACAGCUGCUUGACAGACCUGUUUUCUAUCUUCUUCCUCCAUCCCUUUGGUUCUUUUUUUUUUUCCUUAUUUUUUUUAUAAAAGUGCAUGUGUAUAUAUAAGACAAAAGUGCAAUAUAGACCACAGUCAUCUUACCUCUCCCCCUCUUCUGCCUCAGUGUUUCCAUUCUCUUCUCCUACCUGUUGUCUUGAUGGUUUAUAGGGUAUAAGACAAAACUGAGUGCCCUCCUAGGCGUGCUGGGUGGUUGGAUCUUGCUGCUAAGAUUUGAAAGUUUUUGUUUUCUUCUUGGAGGUGGGGGCAACCAAAUUGAAAUAAGCUCCCCUUUCUAGCCUUACAAGCAAAACAGGAGCUGGGCCUUUCUGGCCAAUGUGCCAAGCUCCCCUUUUAAUGGAACUGCCAGUGGUGCCAAAAGGUUCCACCACAAAUCCGCAAAGCCCUUCUGCGCGGAGACAUAAGCGCGAAGACUAAUUCGCGCCAUUCUAAGCGCUAAGGAAAAACGCGACCCUACCGUGAUGACAUAAUCGUGGAGGGCAAAAUCACGCAUUCCCAAGCACUCAGUACCUUAAACCUAACCCUAAACCU